GGACACUCGUUAGUAGCAGAAAAUAUCUCGAACCAUGCGUACCCGGCCAGUGCUUCUGCUGUGGGUCUACUACGCCGUAGCUCCACACUUCGUGGUUACCGGCUCUACACCUGAAGCUACAGCCGCAAGUUGUACGGAGACGGCGGCAAUCGUCGGUAAUGCCACGGGGAUAGCUGCCGACUGCUCACGGAGAAAUUUCGCCGCCGUGCCGACCAACAUUUCGUCCGUCACCGUAAUCUUGGACUUGACUUUCAAUCGACUGCACUCCGUAAACCGGGAUAGUUUCAAAGGUCUCGCCCAGCUAAAGGUACUGAGUUUAUCUUAUAACCAGAUUAGCACAAUAGAGCAAGGUUCUUUUUCGGAACUGCCUGAACUUUCCGAACUCUACAUUGACCACAACGGCAUAUCGUCAAUAGCAAGCGACUUUUUCCAGCAGCCGUCUAUGAUAGAAAAUCUUGACCUGUCUUUCAAUCGUAUCGCCCACAUUGGAGACUCUGCCUUCGACGACCUUGGUGUAACCUUGAAACAACUUGCACUGGGGAACAAUUACCUCGGCAAGUUGCUUUCCGUCGAAAAUUCCUACAAAAUCUUUCAAGAACCUACAAACCUCAUAUAUCUUGAUCUUAGCAACAAUGGGAUUUAUGAUUUCAGGUCAGACGUGUUCCGAUCUCAGUCAAACAUCCGGUCUUUGAAUUUAUCAGGAAAUGCUCUUCGUGAUAGUAGCCUUUUUAUAGAAGUACAUAAUCACUCGGGUGAAUAUGUGCAACAAACAUCAGUAUUAGACAGUUUAUCAAGUCUGAAUUUUUUAGACAUCAGCCACAAUAGUCUUCGACUUUGUUGUGAGGCAUACAGGGGUCUAACCAAUUUAGAACAUUUAGAUCUACGGUCCAAUGUUUUGCCGUAUGUUGAGCCUGAGAACAUAACGGGGGCUUUGCCAAAUCUGAAUGAGUUGUAUCUCAGGGGAAACCCCUUUGACUGUAGCUGCAGGGCUGCGCCAUUCUUUAGGUGGGCUGAUGACUCAUUUAUUGACACGGACUUUCUAAACUGGACCUGUAAACAACCACCGACGUUGGCAGGGGCAACGGUUGCUGAAUUGGACAUCCGUGAAUGCGGUAAUGGUGAUCUGGUAAUACUCAUUACAAUAUGUAUUGGAAUGAAUAUCAUUUUUGUUAUCGGGUUAGUGGCUGUGUUUGUUCGACGGCGAAGACAGAGAGUCAAAUUUUCAGCGUUUGAAAGCAUUGAACUUGAAGAGCCUAAGUACGAUGUUUUCAUUAGCUAUAGUUCGCAUGACAUGGCGUGGGUUCACCAGUCACUAGUCCCACAUCUAGACUCGCUUAAUGUUCAGUCUUGCAUCGCUGAUCGUGAUUUUAUGCCUGGCACACCAAUCUUUGACAACAUCAUAGACAGCAUCGAACAGAGUCGUCAAGUUGUCAUUGUGCUGUCAAGAAAUUUCCUUGAUAGCGAUUGGUGCAAGAUCGAAUUGCAAAUAACAGAGCAAAAGUAUUUCUCCAGUGGGGAGAAAUACGUAAUCCCGAUUUUACUAGAGCAAAUACCCACUCAGAUGAUGCCCAAAGGUCUGAGGUAUUUGCUCGCAACGAAAACGUAUCUCGAAUGGAAAGAAGGAAGAAAACAAGAGAACCUGUUCUGGCGUAGACUUGGGGCAGCGGUAAAGUCCAGUUUACCGGUCAAAAGGACCAACAACGACGCCAUUGACGUGGAACUCAUAACAACCACAUCUCUAGCCCAGGCGACGAACCCAAAGGGCCUGCUAUCGAAAGACACGGACAAUGAAGUCGACAUCGAGCCAGAGACAGAAUGCGACCAUGAAACAAGCACUAGCGUUAGCUUGAAUGAUUCGCCUAUUAUAAAGCAACAGACAACCGAUCACGACCAUACAACAAGCACUACAGAUGUUGAUGAGGGCUCUUACAUUGACGAGUGUCCUCCCUCCGAUUGUCAGACUGUCAGCUGCAGUUCCGAAGACCACGUUGACAACCCAGUAGUAGAAGAUGUCGAGCUAACGAAGACGAGGAGGCAAGCACUCGCGACUUUCUUAACGGGAAUGUUUGAAAAGGGUCGCCUUGUAUUUUUCACAGCGUUGUUUCGUUUCAAGUACACAAAAACGUCGCCUUUCCAUCAAAAUGUACCAAGGAGCGCUUCGGCCACAAAGUUCUUCUUACCGAAAGUGCUCCAAGAAUCGUAUACAGAGGAACAAGCUCAUGUAACGAGUUGCCACGAGGAGCCUAUCUACCAAAACUCCUGGUUUCUCUACCACGCGAUCAGGACGCGAAGAAAGGAACCACUUCCACCUACCCCUGAUGAUGAUGAUACAUCUCUUAGCAUCUCAGGACCACAGACAACCGUAGUCCACAUGGUCGCCAUUGAGCAUCACCAGUCCCCAACACCGAAGGAAAAAGCGUACCAUGACAGUAGCCUUAAACCAUACCAAGAACAUGUGGAAGAAGAACUCCAGGUAGUGCAACAGCCGCGCCUCAACGUUGUUACUUCAUCCCUUGCGACUGGCAUCUUUGACUCAAAGGGCGGCCAUCUGACUAUCGGAGGCACGGGCGUACGACUCUUCAUCCCACCAGGUGCGAUCAAAGAUAGCACAGAACAUCAAAUCACAAUCUCCAUCAGCACGGACGAGUGUGACAAACCAACUCUGACGGAGAGGCAGGCUAGAAUAAGCCCGGUGAUCAAAUGCAGCCCACACGGCAUCACUUUCGAGAAAAGCGUAGCCCUAUCAUUUCCGCACUCAGGAGAAGUCUCCAAAGGCAAAACCAUACAUCCUCUCAUAACUAACACAGGCAGAGGACAACAGGCCGUAUACGAGGAUAUAAAGAAAGACCGCGGUGCUCACGCCAUAGUGAGGAAGGCAGACUGCGUGGUGUUUCUUGACCACUUCACGGGCGUCACCCUAGUGGAGGAAAGCCCUUGUGCUGAUGAGGGUGCAAAAGGGGAGAGUGGCAACAGCGACAGUGCCGAAAACCCCUGUUGCCGCCUUGGUUAA